AUGAAGGCACGAAACUCACCCUAUGCAAAGAAGAGGCAGCGUCGCAAUUACAAGGGAGAAGAGGACGACGCAGUGUCCAUUGAAAUAGAAUACGCCUUCGUUAACACCACCAUCGAGACUAUAGGCUUUCGUGAACCACGCAGAAUCAAGUCAUCACCCUGCUCCUCAACAGGGGACGAGAUGCUCCAGACAUGCCAAACGCCACCGUCAUCCAUUUGCAGCGAAGAACUCAUUGAUCCAGUACUCUUUCGGGAAGGAUUGAGCGCGGAUCCUAACGCAUAUGAUACAGCUGAGCCGAGUUGUUCGGAAGCUGGUUUGAUUCAGGAUGAUUCUACCUGUGAACGAGACGCUUUAGUUUUUUCCUCGGCCAUUCUGGCUGACCUGCAGCGAGAAGAAAAUCCAGUACUUAAGAUCUCAGGCUACCAGGUUGAAGAGGCUGGACCAGGCUGCUCUAACAAGCAAUUGAAAUAUGAUUAA